AUGAUCAUAUUGGUUGCAGUCACUGUUAUCUUUGUUAAUUCAUAUUUUCUUCCUAAAAAACGAUCUCCAGAUAGUUAUAAUUUUAAUUCACCAGAACUUUCUUCCGAUGAAACGCAAUUAACAUUUAACAACAUUAGUUCAGACGAAGAAAAUAAACAACAACACAAAUCUAAAGAAAAAAAUAAACGAUUAAGUGUGCCAGAAUUUGGUUGUGAAAUCGAGUAUAAAUGUAGAAAUAAUGAAAUACCAUACAAAGCAAUUUCGGGUGAUGGAAUGGAUAAAUAUCCAAUUAUCUGUUUUGAUAAUAAAUUAUUGAUUCAUAAAAGUUUAAAAGACUCAAAAAUUGGACGUGGUGUAAAUUUAGUUGCCAUCGAUGGCAAAACAUUUGAUAUUAAAAUAACGGAGACGUUCGAUACUUAUCUUGAAGAAACAUUUUUUCUACGCAAUUUAAAACUAAAUUUAAAUGAUGGAGAUAUUGUUAUUAUGGCUAGUUUUGAUGAAAUGACACACGGAUUGAAAGAAGCAUCAGUAUCAUUAUUAGAAAAUUAUGGUAGUCAAGCAAUAAAAGCACUUAAAUUUCGUGAUUCAUUCGUUAUGAUGGGACAAAAAGGAUUGGCAAAAGGAAAAGCCAUCGAAAUGCAUACACUAAAAGGACAACAUGAUUUUGCACCAGCAGCACAUAUAUCCGGUUGUGCUAAAUUUCCACUUGGUGUAUUAAGUCCUUUAUUAUUUCAACCUACGGAUGUGAAACGUGAAGGUGCAAUUGCUAUUGGUUCAACGUUAACAAAUUGUGGUCUUCCUGAGCAAUGUAAAGAUAAUGAGUUUUCCGUUCAUGUUUACACAGGAAAAGAUAAUAAUGAUGAACCAAAAAUAUGCAUUGAUGGAAAAUAUGUAAUGGCUAAAGGUAUAAAUGAUGCUGGUAGAGGUUUGAAUAUUGUGAUUGUUUCAAAUGGAAAAGAAAUUAUUCGAACUGGACAUUUUGAUACAUGGCAAGACGAUAGCACAAAUUUGGAAAUAUUUCUUGAAAACUUAGAAGAUAAUGUAAUAUUAAUAGUGGCUACAUUUGAUGAAGCAUCACAAAAUAAUAAAACAAGCAUUAAUAACACUAGUGCUACUAUACUACUGCUACUACUACCACUACCACUACUACUACUACUACUACUACUACUUCUACAACUACCACUACCACUACCACUACCAAUAUUAUCAGUUUCGAAAUAG